AUUCAAACACGAUAGUAGUAGGCCAACUUUUAUGGAGACAACACACCAAAUAGUCAAACAGUAUUCAAAGAAAUUUAUUAACUCAGUGAUUUUUGCAUUUACAAACAAACACACAAAGUAAUAAAACAAAAACAAAAAUGGAUCAAGUAUUAGUACAACCAAAAUCGUAUCCCACCAAUUUGCUUCAAAAAGAUUGGAGCAAGAGAAAGUUAACGGAGCGUUGCGGUCAAGCGUUCGUGGAUAGGGUGCACGAUAUGGAGGUGCGAGACGACGAUGUGUGGAUUGUGACGCUGCCGAAAUGUGGCACAACUUGGAUGCAAGAGCUAUUGUGGUUGGUUAUGAACGACUUUGACUUUGAGGCGGCACGCAAUGAGCACUUGGAAGUGAGAACGCCGUUUUUGGAAUUUGAUUAUGUGAUAAAUAAUGACUUGGAUCUUGCGCUCGCACCAGUUGAGGCACUCAAAUCACCGCGUCUUAUCAAAUCGCAUAUGUCAUUGCCGUUACUACCGCAACAGCUGUGGACCAAGAAACCAAAGCUAAUCUACGUCUAUCGCAAUCCGAAAGACUACAUCGUUUCGCAAUAUUAUCAUGUUCGCAGUCUCGGCUUUUGUAUGAAUACUACGCUGGCGGAAUUCGCAUUGGAGUUCAUAGAGGAAGAUCGCGCUGUGCCAUCGGAGGAUUUCGAACAUGUAACAGAGUUUUAUGAGCUACGCAAUGAACCUUGGAUCUACUACACCAGCUUCGAGCGUAUGAAAUUGAAUUUGCGUCAAGUAAUCGAAGAUAUUUGCAAAUUUCUCAAUAAAACAAUUAGCGAAGCGCAAAUGCAACAAAUGUUGCUACAUCUGUCCUUUGAACAGAUGAAAAAAAACCCCAAAUUAAAUCACCAUUGGGAGUUCGAGCAACUGCGUGCCAAGUUUAAAACCGAAUAUGAGGAUAAUAAUUUCGUGCGACGCGGUAAGGCCGGUGGCUAUAAGGACGAGUUAUCAGCAGAUAUUAUCGCCAAGUUGGAUGACAUGAUACAACGUAAUCUCGAUCAUUGUGAUCUCAGUUUAAAUGAACUGCUUUUGUUGGAUGAUAAAGCGGUGCUGUGAAAAAAAUUCCAGACCUAACCUAUAAAAACAUGCAUUUAAAUCGAGGAAGCGUUGUUAUUUUUUCCAAUUUCGUACCUAUUUUUCAAAUAUAGUGUUUUUUUUACCAAAAUCUUAAA